CACACACACACACUGAGCCCGGAGAGAGGAGGACGUCUGUGCGCGUCACGAUGCCAGUGCGACAGAAAGAUGCUCAGCGAGCGCUGGAGCUGCUGCAGCAGUACCGGGUUAAACUGGAUCAGAGGCAGCAGGACCAGAAUCAUACCAAACAGGGCCACAGGGAGGAAGACCACCAGCUCCAGCAGUCUCUGGACAGAGUCAUCAGUGUCUUCCAAAGUCAGCUCUUCAGCGCUCUGCUCGAUAUCCAGGAGUACUAUGAGUUGAGCAUCCUCGCAGACAGCAAGUGUUCUGUGGAGCAGGCGGCUGGUCCAGGGGGCCUCCCUGCUGCCUCUAACCUGCCAGCACAAAUCCCUGAUCAGCCACAGGCCUCCUCUGCACCCCCGAGCCCCCCGGCUUCUAGUGAAUCAGCUCAGCCAAAACCCUUAACCCCCAAACCUAGGUCAAUCAAGCAUCAACCUGCCCCUCCGAUCCCUGGAACACCGAGAUAUUCCCCAACAACACAGCCCGGAUCACCUCAGUCACAGCAGGCCAAAGUCAAAUACCGUGCUCCUCUUCCUCCUGUCCAGUCUGGAGCAUCUAAAUCCUCGACAGCAGAAACCUCUAAACCCUCAUCUCCUCCUGCUGCUGGAGUGAAUGGAGUAGGAACCCCCACUGGCUCCAUAAAAACACCUCUUUCAGAAUCACUGAAUGGAACAAAGCGACUUCUCACUCCCACCAACUCUGGUGCCUCUUCAGAAAACUCCAACAUCUCUGAAAAUCCACAAAUCCUUCCUGCCUCUCCUGACCUCAAACUGGUGACGGUCUCAGCCCUCAUCUCCAGCACCAUCCAGGGCCUUGUGUCUCCAACCACUCCGGACAAACUCACCCCCACUGGCCCCACUCCCAGCACCAGCCCAGGUCUGAACAGAGUCAAAGACACUGCAGUCAUCUCUACAGCUCUUAGCAAGGACCCAGGAUCAGGCAAAUUCACUCCCAACACGAGUCCAACCAGCCCCAACCAGGGGAUAUUUAGCUUCAGCAACCUCAGCCCCACAGCUCCUCCCAGGCCUUUAACUACAGGACCUCAUUUGAGCCCCGGGGCAGUAAAAAUCACCUCCCCAAGCCCCAGUCAUGGUCCAGCCAGCCCCAGGCCAAGCCCACUGACAAGCCCUCUGACCCCCAUCAAGGUAGAAUCUCCUGACACUCCAUAUGAUGACGAGGUGUGGCCUCACCCGGAGGGAGAGAGGCUGAACGACGUUGCCGCCCCGCCUUUCUCCUCCCUCUAUUCACAAAGCCACCCCCACUACCACCAGGCCAACCCCCCUCCGGUGGUGGUCAACACAGACAGCGUCGACACGCCCCCAUAUGUCAAUGGAACAGAAGCAGACUAUGAGUACGAGGAAAUCACGCUGGAGCGGGGUAACUCAGGCCUCGGAUUCAGUAUCGCAGGAGGGACCGAUAACCCCCACAUCGGAGAAGACCCCUCCAUCUUCAUCACCAAGAUUAUACCUGGAGGGGCCGCAGCUCAGAAUGGACGACUCAGGGUGAAUGACUGCAUAGUGCGAGUAAAUGAGGCAGACGUCAGGGAGGUGACCCACAGCGGGGCUGUGGAGGCGCUGAAGGAUGCAGGAGGUCUCGUCCGACUGUGCAUACGACGCAGGAGGAGCCUCACUGAGAGAAUCAUGGAUAUCAAGCUGGUCAAAGGGCCAAAAGGUUUAGGAUUCAGUAUAGCAGGUGGAGUUGGAAACCAACAUGUGCCGGGCGACAACAGCAUCUACGUGACGAAAGUCAUCGAGGGAGGGGCCGCACACAAAGACGGACGGCUACAGAUCGGGGACAAACUUGUAGCUGUGAACAGCUCCUGUUUGGAGGAGGUAUCUCACGAGGAGGCGGUGGCUGCCCUAAAGUCGACUCCUGAUGUCGUGUACCUCCGUGUGGCCAAACACACCUCCCUUUUUAUCAACGACAACUUCCCUCCUCCUGACGUCACCAACUCGUACUCCCCACAUCAAGACAACCACAUAAGCCCUUACAUGAGCGGCAGUCAGUCUGUGAGCCCCGCUCCGUUAACCACUCCCAGAUACUCGCCGCUGCCCAGGGCCAUGACCGGAGACGACGACAUCCCCAGAGAACCCAGGCGGGUGGUGCUGCAGCGAGGGUCCACGGGUCUCGGUUUUAACAUCGUCGGCGGAGAGGACGGAGAAGGAAUCUUCAUCUCCUUCAUUCUGGCUGGAGGUCCGGCCGAUCUCUGUGGGGAGCUGCAGAAGGGAGACCGCAUCCUGUCGGUGAACGGCGUGGACUUGUCCAGUGCGACACAUGAGCAGGCGGCUGCAGCGCUGAAGAACGCGGGACAGACCGUUACCAUAGUAGCGCAGUACAGACCAGAGGAGUACAGUCGUUUCGAGGCGAAGAUCCAUGACCUGAGGGAACAGAUGAUGACCAGCAGCGUCAGCUCCAGCUCCACGUCGCUCCGCUCCACACAGAAACGCACACUUUACGUCAGAGCGUUGUUCGACUACGACGGAAGUGCGUCGGAUCUGAGCGCGCCCAAUCAGGCCCUGCCGUUUCAUUUCGGGGACAUCCUCCAUGUGAGCGGCGCCGGCGAAGAGGAGUGGUGGCCCGCCCGUCACCUCAGCCCCCCGCCCCCGAACUGCCCCGAAGUCGGGGUCAUCCCCAGCCGCAGGAGGGCGGAGAAGAAGGAGAGGUCGAGGUUAAAGACGGUCAGAGUGUCGAGGUCUCAGGACAGAUCGGAUCAGGAUGAUAAAGAGCUGGUAACCUCUGGCACCAGCGAUAGUGAGAGUAGUUCCUCCGGUCAGGAGGAGACUUUACUCACCUACCAACCUGUCAUGCAGCAGGAAGUUAAUUACACGCGGCCAGUCAUCGUGCUCGGACCGAUGAAAGAUCGGAUCAACGAUGACCUCAUCUCCGAGUUCCCUGAUAAGUUUGGCUCAUGUGUCCCACACACGACGCGGCCGCGGCGAGACUACGAGGUGGACGGCAGAGAUUACCACUUCAUGUCCUCCAGAGAGCUCAUGGAGCAAGAGAUCCAGGAGCAUAAAUUCAUCGAGGCCGGACAGUACAACAACCAUCUGUAUGGAACCAGCAUACAGUCUGUCCGAGAGGUCGCCGACAAGGGUAAACAUUGUAUACUGGACGUAUCAGGGAAUGCAAUAAAGCGUCUCCAGAUGGCAGGCCUCCAUCCCGUCGCUAUUUUCAUUAGCCCACGCAACGUCGACAACAUCCUAGAGAUGAACAAGCGCUUCACUGAGGAGCAGGCGAGGAAGACGUUCGACCGAGCGGUCAAACUGGAGCAGGAGUUCACGGAGUACUUCACCGGAAUAGUCCAGGGCUCGUCUCUAGAGGAAGUUUACUCGCAGGUGAAGCAGAUCGUGGAGGAGCAGUCCGGUCCAUACAUCUGGAUUCCAACCAAGGAGCGACUUUGAAUAAACACAUCACACACAUCACUCUUUCAAUACUUCCGUCUUCUCUAAUUUUCUAUUAUCAGCCUGCUUCCUCUCUAUCUCUCUCUCUCUCUCUUUUUCUCUGGUGCACUCAUCACGACGAACACACACACAUUCACACGAGCACAUGAACUGGGACGAGGGCUGGGACUAUCUGGGACUGCUAGUUCCUGAAGAGGGAGGAGCUCAAGUCUGUCCAGCAGCCUAUUGGUGGAUCUUCCUACAGCUCAGUUCCUUAAUGUUUAAGGAGGUGGUUUCCAAUCAAGGCGACAUGUACCAUUAUCUGAUUUGAUUUCAUUAUUGUUGUUCUUAUUGUUGUUGUCGUUGUUGUUUUCAUAUUAAUGAAGGGUAAUGCAUCAAUGUAUGGGUUUGUAAUGAUAAUAUUGUCACCAAGAGGCAGACUUUUGCACGCUGUAGCUUUAAGAGCAUGUUUUCGGGAGAAAAACUUGAUCUCCUCUUCCUGUCGGACCGUCUUUCCUCAUGGCAUCACUCCCUGUUUACAGUUUCUCUGUCGCGUCUUUUUCUUUCUACCUCUCAUAUCCCAUCCCUCGUUCCAUCCUCUCCUCUUUCGGACUUUAAAUAUGAGGUGAAAACUUUAUAAUGCGCCCCAACGUAUUGGAAUCAAGGGCCAGAAGGAAACUUUACGUACAAUCACGGUUAAGAGAACAGCAAAUAUAUAUGAAGAUAUUCUGUAUAUGAAGUCAUUUAAGACUGACUUGUAAAUAUUUCUUAUAAAUUCUCAGUCUGAAUUUAAAUAGAAAACUAAAUUAGAUUCCAUUGUUUUUAAAGGGCCGAAAAGAAACCGAGCACAUCGACCUCAUUAUGGUGUAAGAACCCAUGUGGAGCCCCGAGCCUCUAUUUAUCAACUCUCUGAGAAUACAUCAAGAGUAUAUAUUUAAAAAAUACAAAUUUAAAUCCCUGUAAGUAAAGACUUGGACUUGGUUUAUCGAUUUAUCCUGAAAGAUUGAUAAUAGGUAGUGGAAGCAGCGAACUUCCUGAAGCUAAUAAGAGUGACUGAAAACAUCUGAACCCACAGCAGAGGAGAGUAGCAACAGGCGGAGUGGUGAGAAGAGAGAAGUCAGUGUGACAUCUACAGGAUUUUAAAGCUGCUAUUUAAAGGUGAAAUAGUUGCUUACACAUAAUUCAUUUACUCCGAGCAGAAAUAACCAAUUAGAGACAUGGUGCAUAUUAUUCAACCAGAAACUUGUAUUUCACUAUUUCAUAAUUUAUUCUGCGAAAACCUAUAAUUUAAAUUAUUGAUUUAAAAAUAUAAAUGAGGGAAACUGCUUUUGAUGAUCAAAAGAAACUUAAAGGUAGCGAAGGCUGCUGCUGGUCGAUGCUCUACAUCUCUACAUAACAAUAAAAAAAAAAAAGAUGAUUAUUAGAAUUUAGUGUCACACUGACAAGUGGAAAUCAAAUGAUUUUAGUUGUGUUCUUGUUGUACCCCUAAUAAGUAGAUGAAAAACUGGUGUAAAAUCGUAUUAAAUGUUCAAAUCAAAUCCAAAUAACAUGUAAACAUGUUGCUCAUCAUGACAAAAUUUAUAUUUUGUACAAUUCCAUUAAGACUACAUUGUCUUAAUGUCAGAGUAUAAGCUACUUUAUGUCAAAGGAAAUUUAAAUAUAUUUUAGUCAAGUGAAAUUCAAGUGAAUGAUUUUUGGAUUUAUCUUUCACUGAAGUUCAAAUUUUAAUUUUUAGCUCCUCGAUAAAUUAGGCACUGAUCCUCUGAUAAAGAAACUUGAGUAUGUCCCACCAUUGUUCCACUGCCCUUCUUUCCUCCCUCCUCCUCCUCUUCUCUUUUUCACGUCUUCAUUUCCUCCUCUUGUCCUCUCGUCUCCUUUCCUCUCCACACUCAUGUGACAUUAGUUGAACAUUGAACAGUGUAUCAUCAUCAUCAUCUUCUUCUGCACUAUCAUCACGAUCAUAAUCAUCAGCAUCAUCGGUUUAGCUUUCCGUCUUACUGUUGCACUAACGAGGGCUGGUUUCAUAAAAGCAUCUUAGUGUCACAGGUCUGAUACCGUCCCAGUGAUUCUCUGGUAUUUAUUGAUGUUUGACGCAUUCAUUUGUCCUUCAGCUGAUCCACUGCUUUAUUAAACUGGUCGGAAAGCCCUGAAGAGAGGACACGUUUAGCAUUUAGCAACUAACGAGCUGAAUCUUCCCCUCAGAAGUCGGUGGGGACCAAAAACGGAGCUAAAGGAGAGUGAAGUCGAAACUGCAGCUUAACUGAAACGAACGACAAUAAUCUGCGUUGUCAAGUGAAACAUUCAAGAUGCUUUUGGUGCCACAGCCCCCUUAUGGACCUUGUCAGCCAAACCACGACCCAUCUCCACCCUCAACCCCCAUGGCGACUCCUCCACGCUGACUGGAGACCAGAGACACACAGAGAGACUGUUCUGUCGGCACAGUAGCUCCUAGACCCAAACACUGGAUAGUUUUGACCACGCGUGUUUGGAAAGCUUUAAUAUCUCCUCACAGAAUGUUCAGCUAAACUCAAAUUCUCUCCUCGUGUAUUCCUCUGUGCGACUCGAGUAGAUCAGUGGUGUUCGUCAGUUGACAGGAACAAACUCUCUGUAUGACUCCGGCUGUGUGUUUCUAGCCAGGGGACCAUGCCACUGUCUGUUAGAGUAAAGCACUGAUGCAAAGAAUCUAUUACAGAGAUGGAUCUAUAUCUAACAUAUUAUAAUAUUUAUCCCUGCUCUAACUGCCUAUUUUGGUACAAAAAUGAAUAAAUAAAAGUCUUUAUUGACAUCUACUGAA